AUGACUGUUCUAUCUAUCUAUCUAUCUCUUUUAUCUAUGUUUGUUAGUGUUGUAGCUGUUGUCUAUGUCUAUUACCUCUGUUCUUUCUAUCUAUCUAUCUCUAUCUCAAUCUGUUCACAUCUUUCUAAGUCUGUUCAUAUCUAUCUAUCUAUCUAUCUAUCUAUCUAUCUAUCUGUCUAUCUAUCUAUCUAUCUAUCUAUCUAUCUAAGUCUGUUCAUAUCUAUCUAUCUAUCUAGGUCUGUUUACAUCUAUCUAUCUAUCUAUCUAUCUAUCUAUCUAUCUAUCUAUCUAUCUAUCUAUCUAUCUAUCUCAGUCUCUUUACAUCUAUCUAUCUAUCUAUCUAUGUCUGUUUACAUCUAUCUAUCUAUCUAUCUAAGUCUGUUUAUCUAUCUAUCCAUCUAUCUAUCUAUUAGUCUGUUCAUCAUCUAUCAUCUAUCUAUCUAUCUAUCUAUCUAUCUAUGUAUCUAUCUAUCUAUCUAUCUGUUUCAUCAUCUAUCUAUCUAUCUAUCUAUCUAUCUAUCAUCUAUCUAUCUAUCUAAGUCUGUUCACAUCUAUCUAUCUAUCUAUCUAUCUAUCUAUGUAUCUAUCUAUCUAUCUAAGUCUGUUCACAUCUAUUUAUCAUCUAUCUAUCUAUCUAUCUAUCUAUCUAUCUGUCUGUUUUCACAUCUAUCUAUCUAUCUAUCUAUCUAUCUAUCUAUCUAUCUAUCUAAGUCUGUUCACAUCUAUCUAUCUAUCUAUCUAAUCUGUUCAUAUCUUCUAUCAUCUCAUCUGUUUAUCUAUCUAUCUAUCAGUCUGUUCACAUCUAUCUAUCUAUCUAUCUAUCUAUCUAUCUAUCUAUCUAUCUAUCUAUCUAUCUAUCUAAGUCAGUUCACAUCUAUCUAUCUAAGUCAGUUCACAUCUAUCUAUCUAUCUAUCUAUCUAUCUAUCCAUCUAUCUAUCUAUCUAUCUCAGUCUGUUCACAUCUAUCUAUCUAUUUCCGUUUCUUCAUGUCUUCAUAUAUCUAUCUAUCUAUCUAUCUAUCUAUCUAUCUAUCUAUCUAAGAGAAAAGAAAACAUUAUUUGCCAGCAAAAGGUAGAGAAAAAAUAUCGUGAAAUGUUCUUUUCGGAUAACUAUAUGAAUCAAACAAAUUCUCACAUCCGGUCAUCGACGGUUGACCGCAAAGCUGUUGGUGGACCCGUGGACAAUGCUCGAAGUCGGAAAUGUUCCAAUUCUACAGUCUUACCGCCGCCGUAUCUUCGCAUGAACAGCGCCCACCAGUCGUCCAACAUGAUCUCGCUGAGUACAUCAAAUAACCUAAAGUUUGAUCGGAGUCUUAGUGAGCCUUCUGACACUCGCAUGGCUUCAAGUCAGAAUCAAUUGAACCACAUUAACUCAAACAAAUACAAGACUGAGCUGUGUCGGUCGUUCGACGAGAGCCGGCAGUGUAAAUACGGAGAAAAGUGUCGUUACGCCCAUGGUAACACAGAACUACGCACACCAGCCAGACACCCGAAAUAUAAGACUGAACCCUGUCGUACCUACCACUCGAGUGGUUUCUGCCCCUACGGCCCAAGGUGCCAUUUCAUUCACAACGAAUACGAAAGAAAGAACACACAAUCGCCAAACAAUUGUCCCACCAACGUUUCUGGCGGAAACCCAGCCAAUAUUAAUCAGAGUACUGUGAUGAAAGAGAACAGCAAUCAAAACAACCAACAUGGUACUUCGUCAAAUUCGAGUUUGUCCCCACAGCACUCUCCAACACUCCCACUGUUUCAGGCUCAGAUGUCUCCAACCGGUACUUCAUUCGCCAACAACAAUACUAGCAGCGGCGGCAAUUUAAGCUUUGGCAUGAAGCCAAAAUCGAAGUUUACUUCCAUCAGUUCUUCAUCCUUGGGUUCCACCGCAGACUCCCCUCCGUCCAGCGUAACAGACAGUCCGACACUCAGCUUGAGCCCCCUCUUUUUUGGUGAAGAUUUUUCCACAACUUAUAACUUGUCCUCGUCACCAUCCUCCUCUUCUUCCUCUUCCACACCGCUGUCUUCCUCCUCCAGUUCUACGUCUAUUUCUGGGACCACCCUUGAUGGACUGCUCACUUACAUAACAGGUGGCGUUACCAAUGCCUUCGAUUUAUUGACCAUUUCGAAGUAUCCAUCUGACCUUUCCACAACGAACCAGUUUCACCUGCCUGACCGUUUUCUUCUUGAGGAAAAAAUUCACGAUAGGUCAAACUUCAUCCAAGAUGGAAGCAUCUUUGCGGAAAAAGGUUUCGGUACUUCUAAGCUCUCGUAUAGCCAUGAAUGGGCAUUUGGCGGCCUCCUAGAUUAUGGUGGUUCUCUCUUGCAGACGUCUGAUUAA